CAACCCAUUUGUUGUUACAUAAAUCCAAAACAGAAGAUAAUUUCAUUUUAUUUUUCUUCCCUUUUUUUUCUCUCAAAAUUAAACAUCCAUAUUUUUUCUUGAUUACCUUCUAGUGCAAAGAUUCAUGAUGGUUUUUUUGUUAAAGUUGUUAUAAGAUCUGUUUGAAUCUUUGUUUUCAAAGAUUGGAAUUUUUAGAUACUGAAAAUGGCAACAGAGACUGAACCUGCUUCAUCAACUUCAGUGAUCAUCUCAUCUGAUGCCAGAGGAAAACAUCGAGUGGUUGCUGAAUUGAAACGCCUUGAGCAAGAAACUAGAUUCCUAGAGAAAGAGCUUGAAGAACUCGAAAGAACAAAUAAAGUUUCCGACGUUUUACCAGAACUGCUUCGUAACAUAGGAACUAGACCUGAUGCGCUACUCCCAGUAACAAAAAGCCCCAUAGAUCCAACCUGGGAUAGGUGGUUUGAAGGGCCUCGGAAGCAACAAGGCUGCAUAUGCUGUUUUUUCAGAUGAAUUCAUUCUUACAUUCUUCUCACAAAUUCUUUUACACAGAUUAUUCUGUUUCUAAGAAAGAAGAACAAGCAGUUACAUGGAGUGAUUUUGACUUACUGUAAACACAAGCUGCGAGCCAUUCAUUCACGAUCCUGACCCAAGCACUCGUCCAACCUACAUCUAUCGUCCACCUGCAAGGAAAAAUAAAAUGUUCGCUCAGAUGAAUGUUUAUCACAGGUUGUGCAUAUGAUUCCCCGGCAUUUCUUGCUAAGAUGAGUACAUUUUCUGCUUGGGAUUAAACAUAAAAUGCGAAAUCAGAAAACAAUCCUUUCGCUAGUGUGCAUAAUACAGCUAGAAA